CAGAGCUGCGUUAAGGAAGAGGGCGGUCUCUCUUUACUCUGAGUCUCCAGUCAGACACGAAAAACGUCAAACGAAGGAGAGAAACCAUGAAGGAAACACAGCAGAGUCUGCUGCUCUGUCUGAGUUUCCUGUUGGGCUGCAGAAUAAACCGAGUCCUCCCAGUUCGUCUGACUGUGAAUCCCAGCAGAUCUCAGUUCUUUAGAGGAGAAUCAGUGACUCUGAUCUGUGAGGAUGAAAACAGAUCUGAUGGAUGGACUGUGAGGAGAAACACGACCUUAGAGACCAGGAAGCGAUGUGGAGAUGGAUGGGGGAAAUUAAAUGGUUCUACCUGCAACAUCAGCAGCUUCUACAAACAUGAAACUGGUCUGUACUGGUGUGAGUCCAUGUCUGGAUCCUCCAGCAGCAGCAGCAGCAUCCAGCUCUCUGUCUCUGGUGGAUCAGUGAUCCUGCAGAGUCCUGUCCUCCCUGUGAUGGAGGGAGAUGACGUCACUCUGAGCUGCAGAGCAAGGAAUCCAACCCACAACCUCCCAGCUGCUUUCUAUAAAGAUGGCUCCUUCAUUGGUGAUGGAUCAUCAGGUCACAUGACCCUCCUCCAUGUUUCCAGCUCUGAUGAAGGCCUCUAUAAAUGUAAUGUCAAAGGUCAUGGAGAGUCUCCAUCCAGGAGGAUCUCUGUCAAAGAAAAACCAACAACCACUUCUUGUCCUCCACCUACUCCAUCACCUCCAUCAUCAUCAUCCUCUCCACCUUCCUCCCAGUCUGGUCUCUACAUUUCUCUAUCAUGUGUGAUUGUUGUGAUUUUCCUGCUGGUUCUGGUGUUACUGGUUCUACUGGUGAAGAGACGUCGUCACAAAACAAAAGCUGAUAACGGAGACGACGUCACAUACAGCGACAUCCAGAUAACUCAGCUACAUCAGCAGAGACCCAAAGAGAGUCCUUCAUCUGCCAUCUACUCAGACGUGAGAACAGACGGGAUCAGUUAUGGAGAAAUCAACAUCAGAACCAACAGAACCAGAGAUGUUCGACUAGAUACCAACAUCAUCUACUCUGCACUGAGGUAGUCCACCAGUCUGACCUCUGACCUCCAGCUUCACCUCUUUAUUUCACAUUUAGUUGUUUUAUUGCUUUGGCCCAACAUCAUCUGACUUUAACAUCGUUUCUGUCUGGAUGUUUAAUCAAAUGUUUCUUUCACACAGUUCGUUCUGCAGUGAACUAUUAAAGUUUUCAUUUGGUCUCGGCUGUUUCUACGUCGUUGAUCGUUCUGGUUUCUGUGGCUUCAGAGCCGAUAGAUUAGAAAUGUUUUCCUGUUUGCUCAUCUCUGAUCUGUACAAACAACCAAUAAACCACAGAGUGAAAAAGGC